AUGUACUCGCUCGAUGCGAACAAAUGCGCCGCCGAACCUCCCCUCUCCCGUACACCAUCCUCACCCAACCCUCCCGAGACUGCCAUCCCACCCUCAACCCCCACCGCUUCCCUCCCCUCCAAGUCCGACUCACAGCGAUGGCCCAGCUCCCGCCGCAUGGCGCACCUAAUGGACAGCGUGCUCGCCCGCGCCUCCGUUGCAGGCCAACACAUCAACAACUACACCGGGACAGACUACAGCGGGAUCGAAGCCAUCAAGCACGAAAUCAGCGCGCAAGAAGGCAAAGUCGACGCCUGCCACUCCACCAUCGCCACCGCACGAUCUACCCACUCCAACGCCCACGCCAAACAAGCCGCGUCGCAGAAAGAAAUUGUGAGUCUACUGGAGCGCAAAUCUUCCUGGUCGCCUGAAGACCUCGAGCGAUAUAUGUCUCUUGUUCGCUCGGAGCAUGGUCACGAACAAGCUAUUCAAGCUGCUAAAGAUGGAUUGGAAAUGGCUGAGCGCGAUCUGGAGUCUGCACGCGCGGAGCUGGAACGUUUGGAGCGGAAGCAGUACCAUGAAGAGCAGAUUUGGAGCGAUACCAUUCGGCGGAAUAGUACGUGGGUGACGUUUGGGCUGAUGGGGUUGAAUAUCUUUCUGUUGCUGGCGCAGAUUGCCAUUUUCGAGCCCUGGCGGCGCAGGAGGAUUGUCAAGGAGGUUCAGAAGGCGUUGGAUGAGAAGCAUGCGUUUGUGACUGGCGCUCCUGCAGCGGCGGUCGAGAGGCAGAUUGAUACUGUUGUGGAGCCAAAGGGCGUGCCCAUCGAGGUGGCAGCUGAUCAGACUCCGACAAGCACUACACCCAGUCCUCCGAACACAAUCCUGGCUGCAGACACACCACCACCGCAGGAACAAGCCACCCCACCUGUCCAUCCUCCCUUACGAAAACCCCAAACCUGGCCGGAAAGCUGGGACUACCACAAAGAGCGCCUGCACGACCUGUUCAGCGAGCGCAUGGUGCAGGUGAAGAAAGUCGACAUCACCACCACUGCCUUACAAGGCGCGGCCACUGGCGUUGCGGCCAUGGGUUUGCUGUUUGUUUUGUGGCGGCCGAAGUGA